AAACCACCUCAUCACACUCCCGUCGUGCUGCCCAACGACAACCAGUGAUCCUGCCUUUUCUGACAUUUCUGCCCCGUUAGUGGCAACAACGAGGCGUCUCCCGUUCUCCAUCUGACCACUCGGUUGUGAGUCACACGAAACCUGAACCUUCCUCCGCUAGCCGUCAGAGAGUACAGCAGCAGUAGCGGCAGCAGCAAUGGGUGUGACCCUUACGGAUGAGUGGCCGCAGUUCCGCACCGACAUUCAUUAUGGAAACGCGUCCAGCCUGAACACUCUCCAAACAUGCAUCCCUCGACCAACAUCUGCCAACGAUCAAAAACGCAUAUGGGUCGUGUACAUCCAUGGUGGCGCCUGGUUUGACCCCGAGCAGACGGCCACCACCUUUGACAAAGCUCAAAAUAUACUCCUCAAGUCUCACGCCGAAGAGCACAUUGCCGGAUUUGCUUCCAUAAAUUAUCGCCUCUCACCAGCUCCAUGGCACCCUACGAGCCCGUCAAAUCCAGGAGAUCCCGCUCGAAACGCCAGUCAUCCCGAUCAUAUCAACGAUGUACUGGCUGGCAUUCUCCAUCUCCAAGAGACCUACCGCUUUGAAGGCCGCUAUCUGUUGGUGGGUCACUCGUGCGGCGCCUGUCUAGCUCUGCAGGUGUUGAUGAAGCGUUACUGGGGCGUGCAGUACGAGUCUACUGCGGCCUUGCAGCUCAACGUGGUGCCGCCGCUGGCUGUUCUCGGCAUCGAAGGAUUGUAUGACCUCCCUGCCCUGGUGCGCUAUCAUUCCGAUAGCGCUUUCUAUCGCAAUUUUGUCGAGGCUGCUUUUGGCCCCAAAGAGGCCAACUGGAAGGCUGCUAGCCCAACGUCCGCAGAUCUUGGUGCGAGCUGGGAAGAUGGAAAGCUUGUAGUGAUCGCGCAUUCGCGGGAAGAUGAGCUUGUCGAGUGGGAGCAACCAGAUCUGAUGAUGAAAUCCCUUUCCUCGCAAGGCUUCAAGACUUCUGGUUCGCGGAGGGCGAGGCUACUGGAGCUCAAGGGGAAGCAUGAUCAAGUUUGGGAAGAAGGUGUGGAAGUUGCUCGAGCAAUUGAGUUUGCUGUGAAAGACUUCGUAAGCAUGGGAGUCAUUUGAAGCUCUGAGCAAUGCUUAUUCCACUACGAUCGGGAAGGCCAGGCGAAAGCAAGUCGGCAGGAAGCAGUACCCGGUGUUUUUUUGUCUCAAAAGACUUUCGUUCACGAUACCCCAAUCUACCCUACAUGGACCCUCUCCAUAAGGUUGUAGUUUCGCUGAUGCUGUUCACUUUCGGGCCCGGUAGCUCUGCAUGUCCCCAGCAUUCACACGCACAAACAUAUACAACCGAGAUCUCUGAUGCUACCGCUUACAACAAGAGAUGCUGGCGAGCCGCCGAUCUACAUGCAUUACAUUCCACUGCAGGUCGGCUCAUGCACGCCCCUUCGUCAAUGGUAAGAAGACGGCAAGUACUCCAAUCACAGAACCGCGGCCAAUCACAUAGAGUAUCACACUCGUCACUGCAAUCUGUUGUCACCAUUCCAGCAUCAUGAAAAGAGAGCCUCACCACACAAUCCAAACAUAUACGCAACUAUGCCGUUCGUUACCGAUUUCUCUCUCAGCUUCAAGACCGCGAAAAAAAAUGAUCGUCUGUGGAAAAAGGGCUGAAAGUGGCGAGGAUGGGAGAUCCGCAUACCAUCUCAUUCGUGCUAGAUGACUCAUUCUCUCUUGGAAGCUGAUGGCGUCGCAGCACGCAUCAAGUUUCGGAGGAGCAACGUUCGUUGGUGCGAAAGGGACAUCAUGGAGGAGGACGAAAACUUAUGGAUCCCAGGGUCCACUAGCGCGUUUGCCAGUCAAAAGCUCGGGAAGACCAUCUUCUCGUACCAAUAAAACAUCUUCAUGUCGAAUGCCAAAUUUAUCGACCAAGUAGAUGCCUGGUUCACUCGUGAAACACAUGCCCGCCUUUAGUAGGGUUGCGGUAUUGCCUUUGUGAAGAUAUGGACUCUCGUGAGCUUUGAUGCCAAUGCCGUGUCCGACUCGAUGCGUAAACGCUUGGCCAUAACCCGCGUUGUCGAUGACUUGACGAGCAGCAAGAUCGACAGCAGCACAGCUUGCAUUCUCGUGCAGAGCGUGCAGCGACGCAGUCUGCGCAUCAAACACGAUUCUCCAAACGUGCAAUUUUUCCUGCACAUGGUGAUCAUCGAGAGCGGCAAUGUCUUGCUUUGUUGUCUCUACUUGGGGAAAGAAGGGAGGGAAGAAGGAUCUGCAAAUAUCGCUGCUGUAGCCGUACAAGUGCGCUCCAACGUCUAUCAGGACCAUGGUCUCCUUCUCC